AUGUUUUACUUAAUAGGUCUAGGCUUAGGUGAUGCAAAAGACAUAACUGUGAAAGGCUUAGAAAUAGUAAGAAAAUGUGACAAAGUCUUAUUGGAAGGUUAUACUUCGAUACUCACUGUUGGAAAAGAAGUGUUGGAAGAAUAUUAUGGCCGACCAUUAAUAAUAGCUGACCGGGAACUGUGUGAAGGUGCAAUAGAUGAGAUUUUACUUGAAGCUAAGGACUCAGAAGUUGCGUUGUUAGUUGUUGGUGAUCCAUUGGGGGCUACUACGCACACUGACAUGCUGCUACGAGCUAAGCAAUUUGGUGUAAAAACUCAGAUUGUUCACAAUGCCUCAAUCAUGAAUGCUGUGAGCUGCUGUGGUCUGCAGUUGUACAAUUUUGGUGAAACUGUUUCAAUACCAUACUGGACGGACAAAUGGAAGCCUGACAGCUUUUUUGACAAAAUUGUGGGAAAUUUUUCAAGGAACUUGCAUACCCUAUGUUUGUUAGAUAUUAAAGUAAAAGAACCUACUGAAGAUUCUCUCACAAAGAAGGUUCGCCAGUAUAUGGAUCCGAAAUUCAUGUCUGUAAAGGAAGCAGCAAAUCAAUUAGUGCAGAUCAUCGAAAACAAUCCAGAUAAAAGUAUAAAUAAAAGCAGUACGGCAAUCGGGCUCUCACGAGUAGGAGCCAGCGAUCAGCGGAUAGCCGUAAUGACACUCGACUCGAUGCAAAGCUUUGACCUCGGCCCGCCGCUACACAGUCUCGUCAUUCCCGCUCCCAAUUUACAUCCGUUGGAAUUGGACUAUCUAGCACAGUUUAAUCAAUCAGGCAGUUGA